AUGGGAGAUUCAGUACCUCUAAAACUAGCACUGCCAGAGCUGAAGUAUCCUAUUGGUUCACAGCCAAAGGAAAAGUCAGCAAUCAACCAAUACUCUGGUUCAGAUUAUAUCUCUAUUGUCAAAAGCAUCCUAAAACCAGAUGAGAUGAUAAGAGUCCGAGGAUCAUUUCUGGGACCUGUAAUGAAGCUCAGUGAGAGAGGAUUGAAGUUAUCAGCAAAGAUAGUCUACGCCAUUCUCACUAGAAGCAUCGUUUCUGUCAAGGAGAAUGAAGCCUGGUUCCAUUUCGGUGCGCAGCCAAUGAGGUUCUCUAUAAGAGAAUUUCAUAUGAUGACAGGCUUGAAAUGUAGUGGUGCAUUAGAAGGACCACGAAGGGAAACCGAGAGAUUUAAUUGGGAAUUGCUAAAGGGGCGUAGUCAUAAGUUAAGUGACGUGGUGGACCAGCUCAGAAACACAAGAGAAGAUGCUUCUGAGGAGAGAAUAUGCCUCGCAAUGCUCAUCCUGGUAGAGAGCAUAUUAUUGCGGAAGAGCAAAGGAGGGAGUUUUCCUUUGGAAUAUGCGAAAAAUGCACAGGAUAUGACAUAUCCAUGGGGAAAAGAGGCUUACAUUGUGCUCCUGAAGUCAAUUCAAAACGCUGUCGCGAAUCAUUUGGAGAAUAAAUCCAAAUUUGAGUUGCAAGGUUAUCCUCUAGUAUUCCUUCUUUGGAUACUAGAGUCGAUUCCUUUGCUAAGGGAUAAGUUCAGUAAGUGUGUACCAACAGUUGAGGUUCCUGGGCCGACUUACUUGUGUGAAAAAUACACUGAGGUAGAGAAUCCAUCACUUGAUAGGGUUUUACAGGUUGAAGCUGAUACAAAGCUGAAGGUCCAUUGCAUACUACCUUCUAUUCCUCAUGAUCCAGAAGAUGAUAUCUCCAUUGAAGACAAAUAUAGUGACGAGCUGGAAACAGUGAAAGAUGUAACAAAGAAAGGGUACAAGAUUACAGCCGAUGACUGGGAAAAUAGGAGACUGGCCAAGCUUCUACUCCGAUUGAUGAGGAUUCAGUAA